AUGGAUAUACCGUCGCCGUCAUGUAUUACAUACGAUCUCAUAACCGAGAUCCUACUUCUGCUUAGUGUUAAAACCAUGAUGCGACUCAAAUCUGUGAGCAAGUCAUGGAACACUAUCAUCUCCGAUCCAUGCUUCAUCGAACAACACCUUAAGAAGUCAUUACAAAACCCACAACUUAUAUUAAUCUCCAAUCCUUCGAGUGGCGUCGUUUCCUUCCCGAUGCAUCGUUUACUUCAGAACCCAUCAAGCACGGAUUCUUGCCAUUUCCGCGGUUCAAUGAACAACUCUCAGGUCAUUGGUUCCUACAACGGAUUGCUUUGCUUGCUUUUCAAGGAAAACAGGUGGAAGUACACGGAGUACCAGUUCGUUUUAUGGAACCCUGCCACUGGAACAAUAUCUUUAAAAGUAGGGACUUUUAAAGACUCUUACGCUGGAAGCCCUUUCAAGUUCACUUUUGGUUUUGAUAUUUCAACCGGAACUUACAAGGUGGUAGCCCUUGCAAAAAAGUGUAAAGAACUUGAGGUUAGAGUUUUCAGUUUCGGUGGUAGUGAUUGGAAAAAUAUUCAAAGUUUCCCUAUAAAAGAUCAAGAAAUUAAUGAUGGUGUACAUUUGAGUGGUACUAUUAACUGGUUGGCUCUUUCCAAAUACAUGCAACAAUUUAAUCAACAUGGUUGGAUCUCGAAUCAUAUUAUUGUUAAUGCUAAACAAUCUGUGAUUUUUUCACUUAAUCUAUCAACGGAGACAUACACACAAAUUUUGCUUCCUUCGGGUUUGGAUGAGGUGUCGAUGUCAUUUCCGCCAACUCUUGGGGUGCUAACGGACUGCCUUUGUUUUUUGCACGAUUGGAAAGCAACCCAAUAUGUUAUAUGGCUUAUGAAGGAGUUUGGAGUUCAAGAAUCUUGGACUCAAUUAUUUAGAAUUGACUACUGCAAAAUCAACCAUCGUCGUUCAUAUUUGUUGGGAUUCAGUAUUUGUCCAUUGCGGCCAAUGUACCUUUCUAAGGAUGAAGAUACACUGAUAUUUGCUGAAUAUAUAAAUUGCCCGGCAAUUAUCUAUAGUAAGAGAGAUAUGAGAGUCAAGAAAAUUAGAAUUUCCCACAAAAUGUAUUGGUUUACUGCCAUGAACUACGUCGAAAGCUUGGUUUCUACUGUUUGA